ACAGAAUCAAAUGAUUCACACUUGAAUUCAUUCACAUCCAUAUACACUCAAGCCUUGUAAGGACUAAGAAUUGUUGCAUUGACCAGAGGAAGAAAAUUAACAAAGGCUAUGGAGAACUCAACCCAAGUCAAGUUAUUUUAUCUCUUUGGCUUACAAGAGACAUUUAUCAACAAAUCAGUCUAUUUUAUCUUGUCUCUUAUCACAUACCUUCUCAUCGUCACUGUGAAUCUGACUCUGAUCAUAACAAUCAUUCAGGAGAAAGGUCUCCAUGAGCCCAUGUAUAUCUUUCUGUGUAGUCUAUGUAUCAAUGGAUUGUAUGGAACUGCUGGUUUCUACCCCAAGUUCUUACUGGACCUUCAGUCAGAUGUUCAGGUGAUAUCUUAUGGUGGAUGUUUGACUCAAACCUAUGUAAUAUACACAUCUGUCCUGUGUGAAAUGUCUACUUUAACAGUGAUGUCUUACGACAGGUAUGUGGCAAUAUGCAGACCACUACUAUAUCAUACCAUUGUGACAUCUUUAACUGUUAGAAAGUUACUCUUAUUUUCUUGGUGUUAUCCUUUAUUUAUAGGAAUCAUAGUAGUUAGUUUAACUGUCAGAGUUCCUUUGUGUGGAUCUCGCAUUGAUAAGAUCUUCUGUGAUUUUCCGUCUAUACUGAAACAUGCAUGUUUACCCAUUACCAUCAAUCAGGAUUUGAACAAAUUUGUAAUAGUAGUUCAUGUUUUACAGAUACUUUUCAUUGUAUUUUCUUACUGUCAGAUUGUAAGAACUUGUGUAAAGUCAGCUAAGGGAAGGAUUAAGUUCACACAGACAUGUGUGCCACAUUUAAUAACAAUAUUUAUUUUCAUCACAGUGACCCUGUUUGACACGUUGCAAGGGUGGAAUAAUGUAAAUAUUACACUAAAUAUGCGUAAUGCAAUGGCCGUACAAUUCCUUAUUAUACCACCUGUCUUAAACCCUCUCAUAUAUGGACUUAACCUCCAGCAGAUUCGAAGGGCAGUUUUUAGAAAGUGUAAUCCACAUAAAAUCAUUGAUAUGAAAUGUUAG